AUGAGCUUCAGUCCGGAUACACGCCGGGAUCUUCUCUGUGGGAAGAUGGUUCCUCUUCCUUUCCAGCCCUCCAGCCUGGUCCGAGUCUUCAUCAGCUCAGAUUUUUCAGACAUGGCUACAGAAAGAGACACCCUCCUGGAGAAAGCAUACCCCGAAGCGCUGGCCUUCUGUCAGAAGCACGGCCUAAUGUUUGAGGUAAUUGACCUGAGAUGGGGCAUUUCUGAGCUUGCAGACCCUGACCACAGAAACACAGAACUCUCUCUGGAGGAAACUGCAGCCUGUCAGAAGCUGUCAGCUGGUCCCACCUUCAUCGGCCUCCUGGGAGACCACUACGGGCACCAGACCGUGCCCCGGCUCAUUGAGGAGGAGGAAUUUGAGGCCCUAGCUCUGCAGCUGUCAGGGGACUCCGCGCAGCUCCGGACGGAGCGGUACCGGCAGGAUGAGAACGCGCUGCCCACCGGCUACGUGCUGCAGCCGGCUGACGGGCAGGCCUGGCAGCGCCUGGAGAGACGCCUGGCCCCGGCGCUGCGCCUGGCAGCCCAGAAGGCAGAGAGGCGCGGGCUGCUCAGCCCAGAGCAGAGGCACUGCUACCACAAAUCAGAUGUGUUCCGACAGGGCCCUGAUGUCCUUCUAACCUUUGUUUCAAGACAACCGAUUGAAUGGGAGAUUGAACAGGGCCUCCUCAAUACCCAGGAGAGCAGCCCGGCAGCUUUCAUAUUCCUCAGAGAAGUUGAGGAUUCUUUCAAACAAAUUGGGCAAGCGACAAACAGUGAGCUGUUAGAAAAAGAGGAGUCUGGACAGCAGAACAAUGAUAAAACCCACACAACCCUCAUCCUCUAUGGGCCACCAGGCUGUGGAAAAACAUCUGUGAUGUGCAAACUAUCUGAGCGGGUGCAAGCUGUUCUAGGGCAGGACAGUGUAGUCAUGCUUCGUUUGCUGGGGACAUCCCAGCUCAGUUCUGCCAUUCACAGCCUGCUGAGGGACAUCUGUCUCCAAGUGUGUUUAGCAUUUGAUUUGCCACCACCUCCAACCCAGACCAAGCAGGCUUGCACUGACUUAGUCUUGUUCCUCAGUAAACUCCUCCUCACUGUCUCCCGUUGUGGCACACACACACUGCUGGUGUUCCUUGACUCUGUGAAGAAAUUAAUUCCUGGUGAUGGUGCUCACCGAUUCCACUGGCUCCCUACAGAUUGCCCUCCAAAGGUCCACAUCAUCAUUUCCAUUUCCACAGCAGACCCUGAUACUCUGAAAGCUCUCCAAUAUGCUGUGCCUGAGGCUGAAGCGUACUUUGAAGUGGGACCCUUGUCCAGUGAGGAAGGUGAGGAGAUGCUAGAGACGCUCUUAGCAUCAGACAGAUGACGGCUAAGCCCAGCUCAACAGGCCUAUGUCCGUCAGAGCUUCCCUGGUGGUGGGCAAGCCCUGCUCUUCAAGCUGGCCUUCCAUGAGGCCAGAAAAUGGGCAUCUUACACUUCACCUUCAGAAUUAGUGAUUGCUAGCACAGCCCAGGACGCCAUGCAUCGUCUGUGUGAGAGACUGGAAAAGUCACACAGCAAAGUCCUUGUGGCUCAUGUGCUUGGCUACAUCGCUUCCUCACGAAAUGGGCUGUCAGACACGGAGCUGAAGGACAUUUUAUCCCUUCACGAUGAAGUUCUCUCUAAGAUUCACCACUGCCACCUUCCUCCAAGUAAAACUAUCCUGCGCCUUCCUCCCCUCCACUGGGCAUGGUUACGCAGUGACAUGGGAGCGUGCCUGGCAGAACGGAAGGCAGAUGGCUUCACUCUGCUUUGCUUUGCACACAGGCAAUUUGUUGAAAUGGUGCAGAAUUGUUAUCUAUCAAAACAAGACCAAAUCAAGAGGCAUUUGCUCCUGGCAGAUUUCUUCAAGGGGACUUGGAGCUGGGGAAUGAAGAAACCUCUUACGCUGCGACACUUUAGCAGGACCUUGAAUGCCGACAGGAAGGUAGCCCCGCAGCCACUCUGGUUCUCUGAUACUGUCGCAAAUCUGAGGAAGUUGAGCGAACUGCCAUUUCAUUUACUUAAUGCUGGACAAAUUGAGGACCUAAAACGGGAUGUGCUGGGGAAUAUGAACUGGAUCAGCUGUAAAAUAAUUGCCUGUGGAAUAGAGAGCGUUGUUGAUGACUUUGCCAUGCAUACUGAAUGCAUCAGCUGUCCAGAACUACGCCUUGUGCAGGACACACUCCUCCUCUUGAAGCCUGCAGUCAGCAGCAUACGCAGCCCUGAAGGGAGUGUAAUAUACACAGAAGUGCUGGCCAGGCUUCUUCAUUUCAUGCCUUCUUACCCGGAGGUCAUCGGGAAGCUGUGCCAGCAGCGUCUAAGCUGGUGCAGGGCCUGUCCCCAUCCUGUUCUCAUCCCACUGUGCGGAUUUCUCCAGCCGCCUGCUGCGCCCCUACACACAACACUCACCGGAUUCCUCAAAGGUGUCACAGUGAUGGCACUUAGUUCUGAUUACCGGCUGCUGGUGGCAGGUUCCCAGGAUGGCUCAAUGCUUGUCUGGAAUACGGAAGUUUUUGAGAUGCUGCAUGCCCUUCCUGGGCACUUCGCCGAGGUGAGGUGUGUGAAAGUGUUUGGAAAAGGAACCUGUGCUGUCUCAGCUGCUAUGGAUCACAGUCUGCGCAUCUGGAAUUUGAUCUCUGGGAGAGCAAGGUUUAUCAUCCAGGAUACACAUAUCAAAGAACAGCCCUCACAUCACCUUCACGUGGAUGAGGGGCACAUGAUUGUAUAUUCUUCCUCAGAUACAAAGGUCAAUGCUUGGCAUCUGGAGACAGCAGAACUCAUCUUCCAGAUUUCUGGAGAGGCAUCAGAUGCGUGCAUGUGUUCCGAGGUAUUCAGUCCAAGGCUGGUGAUUAUGACUGUGUCUGAAGGAGGAACGCUGAGUCUGUGGAACAGCAACACCGGUGAGCUGAGAUCCAAAUAUCAGCUCUCAGGGCUACAGGAAGAAACACCAACGUCCAAUGUUCCGAUCCAGAAGCAAGGGAAGAUGAUAGUGGGAUUUAGCGAGGGAUCUCUAUGCAUGAUCUCUUCUGAUGGAAACAGUCUGCUAGAGAAGCUUCCUGGAAGGGUUUGCUUUGUGGUGGUGUCAGAAGAUCAGGUUCUUAUUGUUUUAGGCUUUGAGGAGUAUGUGCAAGUGUACCUGGCAGACUCAAAGGGAUUCCACAGGUUCCCAGCGGCAGAUCUGGAACACGAAGGAGUGGUUCAUACGGCUGUUAUCUGCAUUAUUGUUACUGGUUCUCAGGCUGCAUCUAUCCAGGUGUGGAGUUUAUCAGAGCAGGGGUAUCUGUCCGACACACUGGAUGCCAUGGGAGCACCAGUCACACUCUUAGCCCUGUGCGACUGCACUUUGGUUUCUGCCUCCCACAGCGCACCGUAUCUGAGAGUGUAGAACCUCAUCUGUGAUCAUCAGCAGAAAACAUUGGCAUCUGUCCCCAAGGCAGCCUGCGCCGCACUGUCCCACGGAGGGAACUAUGUUUAUUUCACCCAGCCUGAAGACACACAUAAAGUCGUCAUCUGGAACGCCACAGAAGGUGAAGUGUGCAACACACUGGACACCUCUGCCCGAGUGAGAUGCCUGGAAAUAGCUGAGCAAAACCAGCUCCUUUUCACUGGGCUUGCAUCUGGAACAGUGCUUGUCUUUCCUCUGAACUCCAGGCAGGACGUAGCAUGCAUCCCACCUCCAGAGUCACGGAAAGCAGUCAACAACAUGGCAAUCAACAAGCAGGAAAAGCAGCUUGCCAUAGCAUACGAUGAGUUAGUCCUUGUGCUGGAUAUUAUCCCCGCAGAUCCAUGCCCAGUGAUCAACAGGCCCACCUACACCUUUAAAACUCAGAUCCCUGGCUCUCUGAUUUCCAGAGUGGCUGUCCUUGCAGAUUACGUCUAUGGCACGACUAGCGGGGACCUGUUCCUUUAUGACUGUCCUUGGGCCCAAGCGUUUCCUUUGGAAGGUCACCAAAGCCAGAUCUCCUGUUUGGAACAGGAACACGAGAUGUGCUAUUAUAAGCCCACGUCUCUCCUGAAAGGCAUUUGCUGUGCUUGCUUCUCAAAGGACGAUAAGUACUUGUACACUGGAUCGCUGGAUCAGUCCAUUACAGUCUGGGAUGUUGCAAGCGGUGCCUUGCUGGCCGUUCAGUGCGUGUACACCGCUGCAAACAGGAUUGUACCAACCGCAGAUGGAUUUGUUGCAAUAACAAAAGUCGGUUACAGAAUCCGAGAGAAGUUUCACUGUCCUAAGACCACCCCUUCCCGGCACAACCCACUCCAGAACACCGCGGCAAUGUGUACGGUAAAAUCCAGAAAGAAAGAG